CGCGCUAUUUCCUUUAUUCGUGUUGGCGCGCUAUUUCCUUUCCUUGCGUCUGCGCGCCUAUAUAUGAAGGUAUUUGAGCUUUAUUCUGGAAUUGGUGGCAUCCAUUACGCUUUGCGAAGAUCAAAAAUUUCAUAUGAAGUAAUUCUGGCGAUAGACAUUAAUGAUACUGCUACCAAAGUGUACAAGCACAAUUUCUCACACACUCGAGUGGUGAAUAGAGAAAUUCAAAACUUGAGUGCUCAAGAAUGUGAUAAGCUUUUUUGUGAUUUGUGGACUAUGAGUCCACCUUGUCAACCAUAUACUAGAUUAGGCAAUAAAAAAGGUGGAGAAGAUAAUAGGAGUUCCUCAUUCUUUCAUCUUCUUGAUGUCAUUUCGAGUGUGAAACCUUCUUGUUUAUUCAUUGAGAAUGUUCAUGGGUUUGAAGGAACUGAUGCUUGGUGUUGUUUAAUUAAUCUCCUUGUUAAGUGCGGCUAUGAAUAUAGGUUUGGUGUUCCAAAUAGUCGAUUGAGAUACUAUUUGAUGGCACGGAUCAAAGGCUUGCCUCCGUUUACCUUUCCACAUUCUUCAAAUAGCAGAGCUGGUAGUUCUUUAGGCUGUAAUUCUCAUCCUGACCUGUCAUAUAUAUAUUAUGAGUCUCCAGAGUCCGUCAGCCCUCUUCCGGAAUGUUCAUGUCCACAAUGCCAUAGCCAGAUUCGGCUAAAUGCUUCAGAACUUCCACAUUAUUCUGCAUAUUCUUCGGUUUGUAAUGAUAUUUCCACUUAUUUGCUUUGCGACGAUAAAAUAUCGGAGGAUCGAAAUUCCCUAUAA